AUGACGCCAGCACAAGCUAAUAAGGACGAGGACAGCGAUUUUGAUCUGCCUCCACUCUGGAUUGAUUUGGAAGCUCCGGAAUCGGAUAUCGAUUCUUCAGAUUCUGAUUAUGAAUUGGACGAUGGGCGAUAUUCGGAUCAUGAAAGUAGCUCAUUUGAAGAACCUCUCGUUUGUGAACCGGUGGCGGAAGGAGGAUCGGACAGUCCUACUCCCAACGAGGUCGCGUAUGCCAUACGGCAGCGAAGACGGCCGUCUCCACCGUGGCCGGAAGUGACUCCGUUCGAUUUCAGCGUCGAUGGCUUUAGCGAAUGGGAGCGUGAAGAGGCUUCACGUUACACAUUAAUUGAUGUUUUUGGAUCUAGCAUUGAGAAGCUUCAACUUCUGCUGUUUAUCCUCAGAACGCUCGGUGAAGAAGCUCCUCCGCCACCGCGGAGGCAAUCCGAACAGUGGUUGGAAGAGCACAGAAGAAGGUUAGAAGUUUUGCCGCCUGACUUGAGGGCCAUGCGUCAAUUCGUUGUCGUUCACAAACUAACGGCAUUGUUGGAGGCGUUAUCGGAAAUGCCCAUAGAGCAUAGGGGAAUCCGGUCCCUUUUUCAAUUGUGUGGACGACUUUUUGAAGUAGCCACAGGUGCGUUUAAUGGAGCAUCUGGAACGUACAUCGUGAACUACAGGGACUUCCGCAUCAUUCGGCAUACAAGCAACUCUUUCCGAUUCACAUGCUCCAAUGAAGUAUGUCGUCCCCACCAUACUUUGUAUGAGCACCACCUCAACAGGAGGGUGGCGCUCAGAUACCCGAGGGCGUUCUUGCUAGACUUUUCCCCGGAAGGGACAACCUCGGCAGUUAUGGCCAUUGAACAAGUAUGGCUAAUGUUCCCGCGUCUGCCGCAAGCCAUUCUACAGGUGCACCUUGAAAUGAGGGUAGAGAAUAACAACGAGCAGUGUGCUGGAAUGUGGAGGUUGCUCUUUAUCCCUUGGGUUGUCGCCACUCCAUCUGGAAAUCCAUGUCAUCCACAUUUCAACGAGAUGUCGGUUCUACAUUUUACUACAACCCAUGAGGAACAGUUCAUCGAAUUGAGUGUUAGAGAAGAAUGCUAUAACGCUGAGGAGAUGAAGAAUUUGAAACUAAAUAGCUAUGGAAUCUUGGUGCUUAACACAAAACCAUCCUUGAUGGGAGACGAGCGUAACUUUCAAUCCACGACAUUCGUGGACUUCAACAACGAAAAGUGGCCCAAAUCAAACAGGGUAUAUCAAGCAUUUUUUACGGUUGGGAGUGCAGAAGGAGAUAACGACGUCCCUUCCGGCCACUUCCCCCGAGGAGUAAAAAAAAUCAACUUCAAUUUCUUCACUGGUAGGAGAAAAAUGGCAACGUGCAGUAGAUUCGUCAAUUGGCCGUAUUGCAAUCAAGUGGCCGAUGCUAGCCAGAAUCAAGAUCUUUUGAAAUUCUACGGUCGCAGCAGAUCGACGCCAGCUCCACGUAUACACAGCGAGCAUCACUAUCUCGAAGGACAAACAGUUUUUGUGCUUUUGAAUUUCAAAAAGAAGGAUCCAGCCGAAUUUGCUUCGAUGUUCAGUUACGUACUAACCACGCAAUCAGGCAACUUGUACUACAAUCCAGAUAACUUGAUCAUCACAGGAGACAAACAGAAAUGGAUAUCAUCCAGAGCGGUAGAUAUAGUUGUGCUUAGUCCAUCGGAUGAUGUCAGCAAAGUGACACCGAUGAACUACCUUGACAACAUGUGGCCACAACAUUCUAAGGACAUGGUCUUUCAUAUUCUCGAUACCGAGCAGUUUAGUGCACAAAGGUCCCUUUCUAUGUGUGGCAACCGGUGGGCCCUCACCAGUAAAACUCCAGGUUAUACAAACAAUUGCGAUGACGAGGAUACUAUUUUCUUGGAUCAAUGGAUUCGCCGUGAAGAUGACCCGAUCAGACCAGAUCCUCAAGGACGUUUGCAAGAAAGGCAGCACGAAGAUGCCGCGGGAGUAGCAUCCACCACAAUUUCGUCGCAACUCAGCCCAUCAUCUUACCUUUCCCCGCGAGCCCAAUCACCAGUUAACGACGAUUUGGAGAUUUUUUUUGACAUGCCUGGAACCAGUGACAUAGAAGUGAUCCCUAACCCGUCUGCUGCUGCAAGCGACGUACGCUCCGAGAAGCUUGAAAGCAAAGUUGCUAAGCUUUUGGAAAUUGUGCAAAGUAUUGCACUUCGUCAAAAGGCAUUCGGAGAGCAGCAAAAAAUUCUGACGAUAGAAUCUCAACAAGCGACUAGCAUGCUAUCUAGUAUAAGGGAGGAAAUGAAGGAGAAAAGUGAGUUACAGACUCUUGAACUGCAGCUUCAAGACGAGAACUUGCGGCGCAAAUUCGGGCUGUAUAGAGAUCCAAUGGAAACGCAAAAGUUCGAGGAUGACUUGAAGCAGCUAACGAUCAAUGAAGAGAAACUGAACCCAGACCAGAUCAAAUGGUUAAAAGGGAAACAUUAUUUGCGAUAUUACCGAGAUGAAGAAUACCCCGGCGCUGACUUUUUCAGAUGUGCUCUCUGCAAUAGAAAAGCGACGGCGCCUUUUGACGCGAAAGAGGGCUUCCGCAAGUGCCAAACCGAUAGCGAUCUGUCGACUACUUCAAAUCUGCUUGGGGAAAACAGCGUGCUUUGUGUGAAAAGAAUGGCCCAACAGGCCCAAGACGAAGAAAGACCUCGCAGGCUGAUCAGUCGUCUUAUAGAGAGAAUAUCUAAACACGAGAAAUCGACGCAACAUAGCCAAUGCUUGGAAGAGUUCAAAAAAGAAGCCGAUGAUAUUUCUGGAAGAAUAACUCCAGAUGACAUCUCAGCUACAGUAACUUCCACAUUCGCUGCAUAUGUGAUAGCAAAAGAGGGCCUUCCCUUUUCGAAACAGUUCCCACUUUUAAUCAUGUCGAUGAGAUCUGGAUCUGUAGGCGUCACUGUUCAUCACGAUUCUACUACUGCACGUAGAAUGAUAUCUGCAUUCGCUGUACACAUGAAGUACGAUCUUGUAAAAUACGUCAUCAAGAACAACCUACCCUUCUCUUUGCUUCUAGACGGUUCUUCGUCAAGCAGAGGAGUGAAGUGGAUAGUGUUUCUUCUGAGAACACUUUCAACAGACUACCGUCCAAUGACCUUUCAUUUCUCUCUUACUGAAGUGGAAAGUGAGUCUGCAACUCACAUUGUGGAAGCACUACUACGAGUUUUUGCGAGUAUGGAAGGCUGGGUCAAUGAGCCAGGUCUCAGCAAGUCCUUCAAACAGCAUGCUAUGCAAAAAAUGUUAGCACUAUCUUCCGACGGUGCAGCUGUCAUGAGCGGUCAUGUUCAGGGAGUGUUUGCCAAACUAAAAGACAUAAUUGCUGAGGAGACCAAAGAUGAUCUUUAUCCUAGAAACAAUCUCAUAAUCUCAGUUUGUAUGGCCCACAAAUUGAAUCUGGCUGUGAAAGCCCAGAAAAGUCCACUAUUCAAACUUGCACAAGCCAUUGUCAUGGACUUGUACCAUCUCUUUGGAUCUACUGUGAGAACAACCGGCAGGAGCGUGUACAAGAAAGCUGCGCAAAAAAUGUGCUUCCCAGAUUUGCAGAUGAGCGCUCUUUUCACAGUGAGAUGGUCGGCUAGUUUUGCCAAUUCACUCUCCAAUAUACUUCGCGUUUACCCUGUGAUCCUACAGGCACUGGCGGAUAUACGAGAUAACAGACGUUUUAGCAGCAGCCUCAUAAAAAGAGCUACUUCGACAUUCCAUGUGCUUUCGGAUGCGAGGACGUACAUAGCUCUACAUCACGCCAACACUACCAUGCAUGAGCUUUCUGUAUUGUCGCAGUAUAUGCAGCGCGAGGAAGGGCUACUUGUUGACAACCUACAAAAGUGGAGAGCCCUUGUCUACAGCAUAGCAGCACGAGGUCUAUUAGAAAAAACGACAAAAAACUUACUUGAGCGAGGAACCAUCAAGGCCUACGUAAAUGACGAAAUAGAACGUAUCGAUGCGGACUUCCUCAACAACUACCCUAACAAAGAUGACAGACGCCUUUUAGCAUACAAUCCUCGAGCGUUCGCAGAUUUUUCGCUCGACCGCUGCUCAGAAGGCGAUGAUGAAGAGCGGCAACAAUUUCUGGACUGGCAUUUAUUCAGAGACUUGGCUCGCCUCACAUCCUACGAAGAAAGCCCUCCGGACCUAGACGAUCCCGAACUCACCUUUAGCCUUGAAGAUGCUCCAGAAAGUAGUGAAGGUGACUUAAGGCACUAUAGUUUAGCAAAACGAUAUGAAGAUUUCGACUGGAACAAUGCUGUAUAUUCUUCCAUUAAACGUUUCUACGACGAAAUGAAGCAAGCAUUAGAUGCCCAGCUCGUGAAUAAGCCUCAUGAAUUCAAUAGUAUUGAUCUACUAGCAUUGGAUAAGCACAUUAUACUGGAUGUGAUUGAAUUCAACGGAGAUUUCGAAAACGGAUUUGUUGACUAUGUACCGACAAAUGCAAACUUCUUCAAUAGAGGAUGCCCCAGCUAUUUCAUUAUGGAAGGCGACAUACUUGAUCCAAAUCUUCGUCAACAGCAAAUUUUGGAUUCCAUUGAAGUACUUAGUCAGUUCUGUAACAUCCCUGACCUCAAGGAUAGCAUGAUUCGCUUCUAUAAUACUAUACCUGCGUCAGUGCACAGGUUUGCAAAGUGGAAAUCAAACUUCAGAGAACAUUCAGAUAGUUUGUCGUUUUAUCGAACGCUGUUACAGUACAGUAAGGAUCUGGAUGUCCCGGAUGACGUCCAGCAGGCCAUAAAAUGCGUUCUCAUCCUCCCAGCAAGCAACGCCGACCCCGAGCGCAGUUUCUCUGCUGCUAACAGGCUCUCUAGAGAGGAAAGGAGUAACAUAAAGACGGAAUCUCUAGACAACAUCAUGACGGUGCAGCGUAAUGGGCCUAGCAUCCUAACAGUCAAACUUCAACAGUUAGCACUCCAAUGGAUGCAUCCUGCAACGGGACUUGGGCUGGAUCCGGGUAUGCCAUCGAAUCUAGCUAGAGAAGGCAGCCUCAUGAAAGCAGUAAAAGAAAACAUUGCAAAAGGAGAUGCAUAUGAGUUGGCCAAGCUCCAUGUAAGGCGCCACAUGGUGGUCCACGGUCUAAAUGCACGAAAGGACACGGAGGAAAUCAAAAACCGGCUUUUGCAAGAAGAACUUGCUAAGAUGAACAUUUUUUCAAUCGGAUCUUCUCAGAAAACAGACUGA